UGAAAGUGAAAGUUUGUCUGAACAACAACAGAAAAAAAGUUUUCAUUUCUCUCAAGAGAAAAACUUUUCUGCCAAACACUGGUGAGUUUCAACAAUGUCUGCUGUCAGCUGUCCUCUGUCUGAAGAUCAGUUUCUGUGCUCCAUCUGUCUGGAGGUGUUCACUGAUCCAGUCAGCACACCAUGCGGACACAACUUCUGCAAGAAGUGCAUCACCGAACACUGGAAGAUUAAUGUUCAGUGCCAGUGUCCCAUGUGUAAAAGGGCUUACGGCACGAGACCUGAACUAUUUGUCAACACGUUCAUCUCUGAGAUGGUCGCUCAGUUCAAAUGGUCAGCUAAACACAAAGCCAACACCAGCAGCUCCGAGCAACAAGUUGCCAAACCUGGAGAGAUUCCCUGUGACGUCUGUAGUGGAACCAAACUGAAGGCCUUGAAGUCCUGCCUGGUAUGUCUGGCCUCGUACUGUGAGUCUCACCUGGAACCUCAUCGGACAAUGUCAGGCCUGAAGAGACAUCAGCUGAUGGACCCUGUGGAGGACCUGGAAGGAAGGAUGUGUAUGAAGCACGAUAAACUGCUGGAGCUGUUCUGUAAGACCGACCAGGUGUGUGUCUGCAUGCUCUGCACCGUUUUAGACCACAAGACUCAUGAGGUUGUUCCUCUGAAAGUAGAAUGUGAGGAAAAGAAGACCAAGUUGAAAAUAACUGAAGAGGAAAUUCAGAAGAUGAUCCAGAAGAAACAAGUGAAGAUUCAGGAGAUCAAACACUCAGUGAAACUUAGUAAGGAAGAUGCAGACAGAGAAAUAGCAAAAGGUGUUAAAGUCUUCACUGCUCUGAGGGAAUCUGUUGAUAGAAGCCAGACUGAGCUCAUGAAGACCAUUGAGAAGAAGCAGAGAACAACAGAGAAACAGGCUGAAGGCUUCAUCAGAGAGCUGGAAGAGGAAAUCUCUGAGCUGAAGAAGAGAAGCUUUGAGGUGGAACAGCUCUCCCACUCUGAUGAUCACUUCCCCCUCAUCCACAACUUCUCCUCCAUGAAUGCAGUUCCACCCACCAAGGACUGGACAGAGGCCAGUGUCCAUCAACCGUUAUAUGAAGGAACUGUGAGGAGAGCAGUGACUCAGCUGGAGGAGACUCUCAGUGAACAGACGAAGGAGCUGUUGGAAGAUGAGCUGAAGACAGUCCAGCGGUACGCAGUUGAUGUGACCCUUGAUCCUGAUACAGCAAAUCACAGACUCAUCCUUUCAGAAGAUGGAAAACAGGUGAAUGAUAGUGACCAAGUGAAGAAUGUCCCAGACAACCCAGAGAGAUUUUCUUCUUGCACUUGUGUCUUAGGAAAGCAGGGGUUCUCUACAGGAAGAUUUUACUAUGAGGUUCAAGUGAAAGGGAAGACUGACUGGACUUUAGGAGUGGUUAGAGAGUCUGUUAACAGGAAGGUAAAUAUUAUACUGAGCCCACAGAGUGGUUACUGGACUUUAUGUCUGAGGUACAGAAAUGAGCACUUUGUUGCUGCCGAUACACUGGUGCGUCUCUCUCUGAGGUCAAAGCCUGAGAAGGUGGGGGUUUUUGUAAACUAUGAAGAAGGUCUGGUCUCCUUUUACGAUGCAGAGGUUGCGGCUCUUAUCUACUCAUUCACUGGAUGUUGUUUCACUGAGAAACUCUUCCCAUACUUUAGCCCCUGUAACAAUGAUGAUGGGAAUAACUCCACCCCUCUGAUCAUCUCUCCUGUCAGUUGCGCAAGAGUUGGACAAUUGUGUGUUUAAUACAACAUUAAUAAAUAAUUAGUACCAAUUAUUCACCAGUGCCAGGUAGCAUUUCCUUAUAAUCUUCUUAGUCUGUGUUUUCUCUUUUAGCCUUAUAUUUUUCAUGUACCUUUUUCUCUGACAAGCUGACCAUUUUGAACUUAAGUGAGAAAUUCUAGCUCUGCUGAGGAGGAAAACAUUCAAACCUGAUACUGUAAGAGAUAGGACAACAUAAAGUCUGUAUUUGUGUUUAGUCCAGUAAUUUAAUUUAAAUAAACAUUCAUGUUCUAAGCA